ACCGCACACAUCGACCCACUCAGCCUCCUGGGUCAGAAUGUCUCCAUCAAGGUCCGCUGCGGCCUCCUUACUUCGUUCAACCGGAAAAUGUACUGCAAAAUCAGCUGUCAGCCAUGCUCGGUGGCUUGCCACGCCUUCGUCCUCGAAAUCGAACUUUAGUCAGACAUUGGCAGCGGGACCUUCACUCGAUGACUUCAUUUCGGGGAAUGCUCAGGACAGAGUGGUCCUUGGAAAUACAUCGCAACCUCGUUUGCCAUCACAUCUAAAGACUUCAAUACCGACCGGAAAGUCCUUCAGUAAAAUCAAGAAAGAUUUGAGAGGACUAGGUUUGCAUACUGUUUGCGAGGAAGCGCGGUGUCCAAAUAUUGGAGACUGUUGGGGUGGAAAAGAAGGUGCGACCGAAGAGGAGGGUCGCAGCGCAGCUACUGCCACGAUCAUGUUAAUGGGUGAUACCUGCACACGAGGGUGCAGGUUCUGUUCUGUGAAGACUUCAAGAGCACCACCACCAUUAGAUCCUCAUGAACCGGAGAACACGGCGGAAGCUAUCAGUCGCUGGGGCCUCGGAUAUAUCGUCUUGACCAGUGUUGACCGAGAUGACUUGGCGGACGGCGGUGCACACCACUUUGCAGAGACAAUUCGCAAGAUCAAACAGAAAGCACCUCAUAUCCUUGUUGAGGCAUUGACCGGUGAUUUUGCUGGCUCGUUAUCCCACGUAUCGCUGGUCGCGAAAUCUGGCCUUGACGUCUACGCACAUAAUAUCGAGACAGCCGAGGCACUCACGCCUUUCGUUCGAGACCGACGAGCUACUUUCAGACAAAGUCUGAAGGUACUCGAACAUGCCAAGAAGGAAGGUGUUCGCAUUACUAAGACAAGUAUCAUGCUCGGUGUCGGAGAGAACGAAGCGCAAAUUAUAGAUGCCCUGAAAGAACUUAGAAAGGUUGAUGUCGAUGUCGUCACGUUUGGUCAAUACAUGAGACCAACCAAACGGCAUAUGAAAGUCGACCGUUAUGUUGAGCCCGCCGAGUUCGACCGAUGGAAGCAAGUGGCGGAAGAUAUGGGCUUCCUCUACGUCGCAAGUGGUCCUCUCGUUCGGAGUAGCUACAAGGCUGGUGAAUUCUUCAUUGAAAAUGUGCUGAAGGGCAAAGGGACCGUGAAUCGGACGAAGAAACUUGUUGCUCAAGAGGCUCAAGAAGAUUCACAAGCUUCUGCUACAUCGUCUUGACCGCUCUCUUCUACUUGCAUCCACCAUAUUAUCCUACCCGAUCGCUCUUGCUCUUGGCUGUUUUGUUCACAAUACAUUCAGCAUUGAUUAUCUUGCCUGAUCGUGCAUUAUUAAACAAACGGCUGGACAGGUCCAUAGGAUCAGCGCAAACAUGGCCUUUCGAUCAUGCCACGUCCAGCCGCCUGUUCAGCAAAGAUGAAGUUGAGAAUCAAAGAACAGUGGAAUAUGCUCCAACGAACAUGCUAAUACAUUUCAUGCCGCUAUACGGGAUUUUCUAGUGCAUCUCCAACACUUUAGGAGUCCAACUUUAUGUGGUCAGGCGUUCGAGGACUGCAUGUACUUCAUUCUUGACGAGUUUCCUUUUAUGGAUCUCUUUGUCGCGGC